AUGGCGGACGAUGAACCUGCAACGAUUGACUCCCAGUCUGUCCAGGUGACCGUUGGCGCAGGGCGACCGCCCUCUUAUUCCAAAGCCACGGGGAAUGGCUUGGGCGGCGAUCCGCCGAUCAAAACUAGUUCCAUCCACUAUGACAACAUCACGUCCACAGUGGAGAUGCCGGAUUUGACCACUUCAGUCUCAGUUGUGGCACCGAAGCCAGAUCCGUCACAGAAACCCAAAGACUUCGUAAUAUUUCCCAUGGAUCGACUUAGAUUUCCUGGGCAGCCAUGCUUCGCAGGAUCAUUCCAACAAGGAUUCCCCAAUAUGGUAAACCCGUCCAUGCCCCACCAAAUGAACUCGGCACUGUUAUCCACCGUGCGAUUCACCCCUCCUUUGCCCUUCCUUGGUUUUACAUUUUCUCAGGACGAAUUGGACAUGGUUUUAUACGGUUACGCCAAAAACAGUGGAUCAACUGGGCAGUUACAAAUCCCUGGACAUGCACUGUCUGGUUUGAAGAUUGGAGACCUUAGCCAUGGUAUUGAGCGGAUCUUGUCGGCUGGUGCCGCCCAACCGGUGGCAGGGACCUCACCUAAGUCUGCUGCCCCCGCGCCAAGCGGACCCGUCGAUGCCAGCGGUCUUGAACUCCCCCAAGGUCUAGCAAUUUAUCAGACGACAUUCGCAGGUGCGAUCCAUUAUGGUGUCUUCUGUACAAAGACAGUGAUUUCCAAAGGCACUCGGUAUGGGCCGUUUAAAGGACGAGUCGUCAACACGAGCGAGAUAAAGACUCACGAUGAUAAUUCAUUUAUGUGGGAGAUUUUUCAAGACGGAAAACUGAGUCAUUUUGUCGAUGGCCGAGGGAACGCUGGUAAUUGGCAGGCUUAUGUGAAUUGUGCACGCUAUGCCCAAGAGCAGAACCUCAUUGCUGUCCAGGUAGAGGGGGAAAUAUGGUACGAGGUGUGCAAGGACAUUCCUCAGGGGACAGAACUCCUUGUCUGGUAUGGAGACUGCUAUUUGCAGUUCAUGGGGGUUCCGGUUGCUCUGAAAGAAAUGGCCGACGGUGGUGCUCAAGAGGAGGCCGACAGUGAGUUCAUCACUAGCGAAGGCUACACAUGCGAACGGUGCGGUAAAGUCUUUGCCUACAAAUACUACAGAGACAAGCACCUGAAAUAUACUCGGUGUGUGGACCAGGGAGACAGGAAGUACCCGUGCCAUCUGUGCUCAAGAUCAUUUGAGAAAAGAGACCGAUUGCGCAUUCAUAUUCUCCACGUUCACGAAAAGCAUAGACCUCAUAAAUGUCUCGUGUGCGGCAAAAGCUUCAGCCAGUCGUCCAGCCUCAACAAACACAUGCGGGUCCACAGCGGAGAGAGGCCAUACAAAUGUGUUUAUUGCAACAAAGCCUUCACAGCUUCGAGCAUUCUGAGGACACACAUCAGGCAGCACUCGGGCGAAAAACCGUUCAAGUGUAAGCAUUGUGGAAAGGCGUUCGCGUCGCACGCCGCACACGAUAGCCGUCGAAGAACGCACUCCAAGGAAAAGCCGUGUAUGUGCACCAUGUGCGGCAAAACAUUCUCACAGGCUUACGAACUCAAGUUCCACAUGAAUAUGCACCCCCAGUGA